ACAAAUCCUCACACGGUCUCCAGCCACGCUCCGGCUGCUCGUGACGAUAUUACACACACAAAAAUAUUUCAGCGUUGCUCUCUGUCUCGUCUUGGAUAUUACCUCUGACAGAAAGCCAAAAGGAAGUGUUCUCCUGGAGUCGGUCACUGUUUUUGGAGAUUUGUGUUUUUGUUCCAGCGCUGUUUGCUGCACCUAUUCUCUGGAUUAGUUUUCAGAGCCUUUCUUGGAUUCCUCUAUCGUUCCUUCGACUGCCUUUGCAGAAGCUGUUAGUGGAUUUAUCGCAGCAUUGUGUGUAUGUACAGGUAUAGCUGACGGUUAACUUGGUUUGUGUUGCUCCAGCAGUAUCGAUUCCUCCAUUCUGCGCUUUCUGUCUGUCUGGCUGUUUGGUCACCUGCUCUGUUCCUGUUCAGAAUUGUGACCAUUUCUCAGCUUCGGUGUCCUUUGCCCAGGCCCCGGAGGGUCUGCUGGCAGUGCAGCGGUCAUAGGGGGUCGUGGUGGGCCGGGGCGGCCAUCCGCUCCCCAUGCGUGUGAGGGGGAGCCGGAGAGCCGCUGGGCCUGGGAGAGAGAAGCUGGCGGGGGUCAGCGCAUGGAGAGCAGUGGCUGCAGCCCAUUCCCCCUGUGCUGGGCCCGGGGGGCCUGUGUGUACUCCUACCCACCGCCUUUGCCAAAAUAUGACAGACACCUAGCACCCACCAAAGGCAUGGCAGCAGCUUACCUGGACCCUAACCUAAAUCAUGCCCUGAGCCAAGGGGUGAAACCCCGCUUCAGUGGUGGGAUGGAGCGGGCAGCAGGGGCUAUGGAACGCGUGUUAAAAGUCUUCCACUACUUUGAGAGCAGCAGUGAACCCUGCACAUGGGCCAGCAACAUCAGGCAUGGGGACUCUACUGACAUUAAGGGUGUCAUUCAGAAGAUCGUGGACAUUCACAAGGUGAGAUGCGUCACAUGCUUCGGUCUGCGGCUCAGCCACCUGAGGACAGGUGAGGUGCACUGGCUCCACCCUGACAUGGGCGUGUCUCGUGUGAGGGAGCGCUAUGAGCAUGGUCACCCACAGGACGAGUGGAGGUAUGAGCUGCGAAUACGCUACCUGCCCAAAGGAUUCCUAAACCAGUUUACUGAAGACCAGCCAACACUAAACUACUUUUACCAUCAGGUGAGAAAUGAUUAUAUGUUGGAAGUAGCUGAUCAAGUUGAUCAAGAUAUUGCACUUAAACUGGGUUGCCUUGAAAUCAGGAGAUUUUUCAGAGAGAUGCCGGGAAAUGCCCUGGAUAAAAAAUCGAAUUACGAAUUAUUAGAAAAAGAUGUCGGUUUGAGGAGAUUCUUCCCGAAGAGUUUACUGGACUCGGUCAAGGCUAAAUCUUUACGGAAGUCGAUCCAGCAGACGUUCAAACAGUUUGCCAACUUCAAUGAUGAGCAGAGCAUUCUCAAGUUCUUUGAGAUCCUGUCACCAAUUUAUAGAUUUGAUAAAGAAUGCUUUAAAUGUGCUCUUGGGUCCAGCUGGGUGAUAGCAGUAGAGCUCGCCAUCGGCCCUGAGGAGGGAAUCAGCUACCUUACAGACAAAGGCUCAGCCCCAACACAUUUGGCCAACUUCACCCAGGUGCAGAGUAUUCAGUUUGAGGAGCAGGAGAAGAAGGGAAUGCUGCAGCUGGAUGUAGCUGGAGCAGCAGAGCCUCUAACAGUGACAACUCCAAGUCUGAGCACAGCAGAGAAUAUGGCUGACCUGAUUGAUGGCUAUUGCCGGCUUGUCAGCGGAACCUCCUUGUCCUUCAUCGUCCGUAUACAAAAAGAGGGAGAAAGAGCAUUGCCUUCAAUCCCAAAGGCUCCAAAAGCCUCAAACCAUGAGAAACGAUUGCAGGGGGUCAAGGCCAGGGCCAUCUCCAUCUCCGAUGAGAUUAGUGGGGACGAGACAGACGACUAUGCGGAGAUCAUAGAUGAAGAAGACGCAUACACCAUGCCCUCCAAAUACUAUGGACUAGAUGAAGCCAGGGACUACGAGAUCCAGAGAGAGAGGAUUGAGCUAGGUCGCUGUAUAGGAGAAGGACAGUUUGGAGACGUUCACCAGGGAGACUAUGUUUGUCCGGAGAGCCCUGCCCUCUCAGUGGCCAUAAAGACCUGUAAAAAUAGCACCUCUGACAGUGUUCGAGAGAAAUUCCUCCAGGAGGCCUUGACCAUGCGGCAGUUUGAUCACCCACACAUUGUGAAGUUGAUUGGUGUCAUCACAGAGAACCCUGUUUGGAUCAUUAUGGAGCUCUGCACUCUGGGAGAGUUGCGCUCUUUCCUGCAAGUGCGUAAGUACAGCUUGGAUUUAGCCUCAUUGAUCCUGUUCUCCUAUCAGCUCAGCACAGCGCUCGCCUACCUGGAGAGCAAGCGCUUUGUGCACAGGGACAUAGCUGCUAGGAACGUGCUGGUGUCAUCUGUAGACUGUGUGAAACUGGGGGACUUCGGCCUUUCCAGAUACAUGGAGGACAGCUCUUAUUAUAAAGCCUCUAAAGGGAAACUGCCUAUUAAAUGGAUGGCGCCAGAAUCUAUUAACUUCAGACGCUUUACCUCAUCCAGUGAUGUGUGGAUGUUUGGCGUGUGUAUGUGGGAGAUCCUGAUGUAUGGGAUCAAACCCUUUCAAGGUGUGAAAAACAAUGAUGUCAUUGGCCGUAUUGAGAAUGGCGAGCGGCUAGCCAUGCCACCCAACUGCCCCCCGACCCUGUAUAGCCUGAUGACCAAGUGCUGGGCAUAUGACCCCAGCAAGCGGCCCCGCUUCAACGAACUCAAAGCACAGCUCAGCACUAUACUUGCGGAGGAGAAGGCACAGCAGGAGGAGCGCAGUCGGAUGGAGAUGAGACGACAGGUCAACGUGUCCUGGGACUCAGGAGGGUCAGACGAGGCACCCCCAAAAGGGUGGUUGCGUGACUGCCUCUAUGAGAAGGUGUUUAAGCCCAGCAGACCUGGUUAUCCUAGUCCACGUUCCAGCGAAAGUUUCUAUCCCAGUCCUCAACAUAUGGGCCAGCACAAUCACUAUCAGGUGGGGGGCUACCCUGGUCCUCAUGGCAUGCCUGCCAUGCCUUGUGGGAUAUAUCCUCCCCAGGCUGCUGGGCUGGGCCUUGACCCCCAUGAUGGCUGGAACCACCACAGAGCUGCUCAAGACCACCCUAUGUGGAACCCCAGCUUGGAGGAUGGUGGGGCAUUGCGAGCAGGCAUGGGGGGCCAAUCCCUUCCACCUCACCUUAUGGAGGAGCAGCUGAUGCUGCAGCAGCAGCAGAUGGAGGAGGACCAGCGCUGGCUGGAGCAGGAAGAGCGCUUUAUGAAACCAGACUUGAGGAAUUCCAGAGGGAGUAUAGACCGAGAGGACUGCACUCUCCAGGGACCGCCAGGAAACCAGCACAUCUACCAGCCUGUGGGGAAAACAGAUCAUGUUGUUCCUCCUAAGAAGCCUCCUCGACCUGGAGCCCCCACCCAUCCAGUCAGUGCCGCGUGUCUCAGCCCUGCUGACAGCUACAAUGAUGGAGUCAAGCCCUGGAGGAUUCAGCCUCAGGAGAUUAGCUCUCCCCCUACGGCUAACUUGGAUCGCUCCAAUGAUAAAGUCUAUGAGAAUGUGACUGGGCUGGUGAAGGCUGUGAUUGAGAUGUCCAGUAAAAUCCAGCCAGCUCCCCCAGAGGAGUAUGUGCCAAUGGUGAAGGAGGUGGGUUUAGCACUGAGGAAUCUACUGGCCACAGUGGAUGAGACCAUUCCCUUACUGCCAGCUCACACACACCGAGAGGUGGAGAUGGCUCAGAAACUGCUCAACUCUGACCUGGCUGAGCUGAUAAAUAAAAUGAAGCUUGCCCAACAGUAUGUGAUGACCAGUCUCCAGCAGGACUAUAAAAAGCAGAUGCUGACGGCUGCCCAUGCGCUGGCUGUGGAUGCGAAGAACCUGCUGGAUGUGAUUGACCAGGCCAGGCUAAAGUUGCUGGGCCAGGCACGGCCACACUAGCCCCCGGGCCCGGCUUGGUUUUCCCAUCCCCCUACAGCAUGGACUGAAGCGUGUCCACAGCAGGCAGACGCCCUACUACUCACCAGCACGAAUGGCAGGGGCCUCUGAAGAGCUCAGCAGGGUUUUACUUAAAGGAGCGGCUGGAUCGAUUAUGCCAGCGCUGCCAAGAGCGCUGAAGAUGGGGUCUGUCUGGGACUGCUGUAUUGUACUAUGAGGAGAAGGCCUGAACUGAUGAAAUGCCACUGGAACGGAAAUCCCGAGCUGUUGUACAGGUCUCUGGAGAUCAGAAGACAUCUUCACACUGUAUCUACAAUUUCUGUAUCUCAUUGGCAAGUCUCUGCUCCACAGUUAGACUGAACAUAAUAUAGAAACACCAUGACAUUGGCUCUAGAACACCAGACAUACAUUACUUUCAGUUAGUUUUGUGUUCAUCUGGAUGUGGAGCAAGGGCUUCAUGUGCCUCUCCAGGACUCAGAAGGAGAGGGUUGUACAUUUUGGCCAUGUGCCACCUAGGAUUAAAAUAAAGCUAUGACUGAAAUAAAAGCAA